AGUCAGUGUGCAAAGUGCGAUUGAUGUGCAAGUAAAUCCAAAGAACGGAGUGGAAUUUUGAGUAUAAUUCUCAACUUUUCGCGAUAUGAUUUAUGAACUAUUGCAGUUUUUCAACCCCUAAAGACAAUGCCAUGCGAACAUUGUGAAAAAUGCUGACAUCGAAAAUUGUGAACAAACAUUUGUCGAAAGUUCAUUAGGACAAGUGAAAGCAUCCAAAGUGAGAGUGAUAUAAAAUGGAUGAAUCCAUCAUGCCAAUCUUUGCGGAUCGUCUUCGUAGUGCAGACACACUCAUUUACGAAAUUGAAACCACUUUGGGAUUGGAUACAGUCAACUCCACAUCUGCUCCAUCAGUGUCAACCACAUUGCGUCUCUACGAUAUCUUCAUUCCCCUCCUUGGUGUCUUCAUAAUUGUGUUAAACUUGGCAGUGGUUAUUUCCAGUGGAUUGAUCUUGAAAAGAGGUCAGCAGCCAAGAAGUACUUAUAUGUUUCUGGGAAAUGUGGCUCUCUCGGAUUUAGUGACUGGAAUAGCUGUGCUCUUUGGCCAAUUCUAUCCUCGGCAGUAUCGAGAUGAGCAUUCAUGUGCCAUUCAAAUUGGAAUGAUUGUGUCAUCUACAGUAACAUCUGUAUACAGCGUAGGUCUUAUUGCCAUAGACAGAUUUCUUUAUAUUCUCUACGGGUUACAGUACCAAAGGUGGAUUUAUCCCAAUAGAACGCGAAUACUCAUACUCUUUACAUGGAUUCUCGGUUUGAUAAUCGGAUUCCUGCCGGCCAUGGGAUGGCGUGGAGACACUGACAAUGGUCGUGUAUGUUGGUUUAUAGUGCUAGCACCACCAGAAUUGGUGCUUUUGACCACCAUUCUGGGUCUUUUGCCCAUCCUUCUUGUGGUAGUACUGUACAGCAUUAUUCUAUAUCACGCUCUUCGCCGAGUGAUCGAAUUGAAGAAGGCCACCCACCAGCAAAUGGGGGUGCAAACUGGAACACUCAGAAUGCACGUGGGAACCUCCACCCAAACACUAAACGAUGAGACUGUUGCAGCAGGAACAGUAGCCAGCACGUCUGAUACAGAAGAGCCUUUGCAGCCACGUAGGAGGUUCCUCCGAUUCCUAUCACGGAGGAGAACAAAGGCGAGGGCAAAUGUGCGGCAGACAACCGGAAAAUCACCCAGUAAAUGGAAAGCAAUUAAAGUGGUGCUAUUUACCACGGGGAGCUUCGUUUUCACCUGGAUACCAUACUUUAUAGCAUCCACAAUGUACGUGAAUUGCGAUCCUCAGGCAACCCCUGAAUUUUGCACAAGUCUCCGAAUUGCCAUUGCCAGUCCACUGGCAAUUCUUGGGUUUGCCAAUAGUCUCCUCAAUCCCAUUAUCUAUGCGUGGUGGCACAAUGGAUUCCGAGAGACAAUGAAGAAAAUCUGCUGCGGUCGAUGCCUCAAGACAUCAGAAGAACGUGGUAGUUCUAGUUCUCAGAGGGAUAGAAGUACUCCUGCCACAAAUGCCAACACCACAGUAUUUGGCCCAUCAUCCACAAGUCAUUCCAGUGAAGUUACCAGACCCACCAGUGAGAGCGACACCGAUUUGCCUCAGCAAUCUUCCGACAAUUCUGACAUUGAGAGCAGUAAAACUCCUCGUGGUAGAGCCAAAAUCAAUCCCCUACCCGACAUUUCACCUACCACAAGAUCAUCAUCGCCCGCAACAUUCAUGACACAAUCCCCGGAAAAUGGGGUAAGCAACAGAAGUCGAAAGUAUAGCUCUUAAGACUCAAUGUUAUAAUCGAAUUUGCCCCAAGGGGACUACAAUCAAUUAUUAACACAAGGAGACGUCUUUUGUAACAUUGUAGAAAGCAAUUUAUAAUUCAAUAAAGUUAGAUUUAUAUAAGUUUAUUU